AUGAGAAUACAUACUGGAGAGAGACCUUAUAAAUGUGAAGUUUGUAAAGAAUGUUUUCUUCGGCUAGAUCAAUUAAAAGAUCACAAUAUAAGAAAACACACUGGAGAGAACCCGUAUAAAUGUGAUGUUUGUAAAAAGGGUUUUACUACAGCAAGUUCACUUAAUGUUCAUACGAGGAUACAUACUGGAGAGAAACCUUACCAAUGUGUUGUUUGUGAAAAAUAUUUUACCACUUCAAGUUCACUUAAAGUUCACAUGAGAAUACAUACUGGAGAGAGACCUUAUAAAUGUGAUGUUUGUAAAAAGUGUUUUCUUGGGAUAAAUCAAUUAAAAGAUCAUAGUAUAAGAAAACACACUGCAGAUAACCCAUAUAAAUGUGGUGUUUGUAAAAAGGGUUUUACUACAGCAAGUUCACUAAAUGUUCAUACGAGACAACACACAGGAGAGAAACCUUACCAAUGUGAUGUUUGUGAAAAGUGUUUUACUCGGAGAGAUAGUCAUAUUGACCACAUGAGAAUACAUACUGGAGAGGAGAAACCUUACCAAUGUGAGGUUUGUGAAAAAGUUUUUUCUCGAACAUCUCAGUUAAAAGUUCACAUGAGAACACAUACUGGAGAAAAACCCUAUAAAUGUGACGUCUGUAAAAAGUGUUUUACUACAGUACAACAACUUAAUGUUCACAUGAGAAUACAUACUGGUGAAAAACCAUACAAAUGUGAUGUUUGUAAAAAGUGUUUUACUGCAGAACACCAUCUUAAUGUUCACAUGCGAAUACAUACUGGUGAAAAACCUUACGAAUGUGAUGUUUGUAAAAAAUGUUUUAGUCAACAAAGUUCUCUUAGAUGUCACAUGAAAACUCAUACUGUAGAGAAAUCUUAA